CCAUGUCUCUUCUAAAGCGGUUCAGAGAGGGGGUAGCUGCUGCUCUGUACAUCUCCCCCAGACACGUACACAUCAACAGGCUCAAUGAGAGGAGGAAUGGCAUUGAGCUGUACGUGUCAUCUGAUAGGCCAGGGGCCACGGAGCCCCUCCCAGCAGAGGAAGUUAUCCAAUCACUGAACAUCAACACCCUGCAUCGUAGCCUGGGUCACUUCGGCAUCACAGAGGUCUCCUCGGAGAAGAAUGUGCUACAGGAUCAACAUGAGAGGGACAAUAUUUGGACUAAAGAGGGAGUCUUUGCUGCAGUCAUCUUCCUCACCAUCUUCAUCAUCAUCAUCACCUGUUUGAUGGUCCUCUACCGUCGAAAGGAGAAGGUUGAAUAUUCUGACAGGCAGACCAAAGAGCAGUCCGUGUUCCCCAGCCGCGACCUUCACCUGACCCCUGUCACCGUCCCACCCCCGGUCCCGCUGCACGCCGUCGGAGCCCAGACCCAGCCCCAGGUCCCCUUCUCUAGCAGCAUGGUCCAAGCAGAGCCAGCACCGCCUUCUACACCCACAUCCAUACCUCCACCCAGAGCCUGCCGUCCUCCACCCACCACCCCUGUCCCCAUCCCUGUCUCCAGCUCCAGCUGUGGUCCUCCGCAGCCCCCCCCUGCCCACCAGAAGCCCUGCCUGUCAGCCAGCCCCUCUCCCUUCAGGAUGAAGUCUGCCGCGUGUCUCCAGGAGAGGAGAGGCUCCAACGUCUCCCUGGUGCUGGACAUGUCCUCCCUGGCCUCGGUGGAGCCCCUGAACUGUGGGGUGGUGACCCCCAGAGAGAGGGCCACUCAGGACUACCUGCAGUCAGCCGGCCGGACCCUGUCCAGACAGCAGCUACGAGACGUGGUGCUCAACACACAGACGCUGCACGCAGAGUUCGCUGAAAUCCCAAUGAACUUUGUGGAUCCAAAGGUGAUGGACAUUUCCAGUCAUGGAACCAAAAACAGAUACAAGACAAUACUGCCAAAUCCACAUUCCAGAGUGAUCCUGAGGACCAAGAGCUCCUUCGACCCUCUCAGCAGCUACAUCAACGCCAACUACAUUAGGGGUUACCUAGGCGAUGAGAAGGCCUACAUCGCCACCCAGGGUCCCAUGAUCAACACAGUGAAUGAUUUCUGGCAGAUGGCCUGGCAGGAAGACUGUCCUGUCAUCAUCAUGAUCACCAAGCUCAGGGAAAAGAACGAGAAAUGUGUUCUGUACUGGCCAGAGAGGCGUGGUAUCUAUGGCAAGGUGGAGGUGCUCAUUAACAACGUGACAGAGUGUGACAACUACACCUGUCGGACCCUCAACCUGAAGCAAGGGGCCCAGAGUCGUGUGGUGAAGCACUACUGGUACACAUCGUGGCCGGACCAUAAGACCCCAGACAGCGCCCAGCCCCUGCUCCAGCUGAUGAGAGACGUGGAGGAGGACAGGACGGGCUCCCCAUCGCAGGGACCCGUCAUCGUACACUGCAGCGCAGGGAUUGGACGAACGGGCUGCUUCAUCGCCACAACGAUAGGCUGUCGUCAGUUGGAGAUGGAGGGAGUGGUGGAUGUGCUGGGGAUUGUGUGUCAGCUCAGAGCGGACAGAGGAGGUCUGAUCCAGACAGGGGAGCAGUACGAGUUUGUCCACCACGCCUUGAGCCUCUUCGAGACCCGCCUCUCCGCCGACACCGGCCAAUGAACAGAGGCCAGGAAGUUUUCGUUAAAACAUGCCAGGUUUUUCCAGGAAGUGGAUUUUAAUUCCCCCUAGCGGGAAGGACCUAUCUUACCUGGUGACAGUGAGGUCAUGUGACUAAUGAGGAAGUGGAUGUUCGGGUGACGAUUGGAUGGUAGAUGUCCUUGUGGGCUUUGUCUUUGUGGACAUGUAUGGACAGCCUGGACUGCUAUUGGCUGAUUGAUUGAGUCUCCUUACAGAGAGAGAGAUGGAGGUGUGGACAGGUGAUUAUGUCUCUGAAUGUAAUGUAUCCUUUCUUCUCUUCCUCUCUUUCCUCCUCCUCUUCUUCUUCUUCUUCUUCUACUACUUCCUGUCAUUCGUGAGCAGCUCUGCUUCUGAAAACGUUGUUGUGAGCAACCUGCCUCUGUCCAAUCAAACUCUCUGAUACUGCAGCUCUGUCCAAUCAGAUUGCCUGAUAUUGAUUCUGUAGUAUACCUACACUCUGACCUCUUACUACUAUGUGCUACAGUAGAUGGGCAGGUAGUCUGUGGUCCUUGAAUCGUCCAUGGUGUUUCUAUUAAAAAGCAAAAGGUACGUUGUCGAAAUGAAUAGCACUUGUCUUUGUGACUUUACUAGGAUAUAUUUGAAUUGUGAUUAUUUGUUUAUUUUUUAAACUAUGUGCUGUUCCACAAAGGGUAUUAUUCUGAAGACUGUUAUAUUCCAUUGGAGGUUGGCUUUUCUCUCAGUAACACACUAGAAGCUGCCCCUCGGCCAUAUACUGUACCUCUACUAGCAUGUUGAUCAUCCAUUGAAAGAUCAGUGUAUGAAAGGUGAGGGAACGAUUGGGCCUGUCUGCACGGUACUACACAUCAAAAGGUCUUUACACUAUGGGGAUGGCCAUUAUACACACUGAAUUGGAAGCAAAUAAUCAACAUAAAAAGCCAGCCGACACGCGGCCCUUCAGGAAUUGAGUUUGGCAGCCCCCUGCUAUAGGCCAUCCUAUAGAUCUACCUUAUUCACAGAGAACUGUCAUGGCCGCCGUGUGAUCCAAUGUUCCAUACCAAAGCUCUCUGUUAUCAGGUGCCGUGUGAUCUACGCUGGCUCUGAAACGACAUUUCAUCAGUAAAUCUUAAUAACAAAACCUUUUUCUUUUCAGAAUAUCAUUUAUUUUCCAUUUCUUAGCUUUCAAAUCCAUCCUCAGGUAUAUUGUGUUGACCAUUAAAGGCCCAGUGCAGUCAAAAACAUGAUUUCCACCCCCCCCCUGUGUUUUAUAUAUAUACACAUACUAUGAUGUUGGAAUAAGGCAGUUAAUUGAAAUAGAGAUAAAAACGGCUGCGUUGGGCCUUUAAGCAUCACAGAUAUAUGACAACUUUCUUUACCAAAAUGUAAACGUUUGCGUUUAAAUGACAUGUCAUGUUAUGUUUAAUUGUUGAUCAUAUAGAUUCAAUUAUAGUAAUAAUAAUUAUUUUUAGUUUUAUACAAUAUUAAGAUAAUGUUUUGCUGUGUAACAGUAAACUCAUGAUCGUUUGGUACUUUUAGACAUGAUGUUUUCUCUGUAUGACUGAAUGGUAUAGAUUCCCACACACUUUUACCUCUGGAACAAAACCAUUAUUACAAAGAUAAUGUCAAUCAGACACUUAUAAAAACAAAUUGUCUGGAUUAUCUGACCCUGAUUUCAAACUCUGAUAUACUGUAGCUUCUAAAUGCCGAACACAUACAGUUGAAGUCAGAAGUUUACUUACACCUGAGCCAAAUACAUUUAAACUCAGUUUUUCACAAUUCCUGACAUUUAAUCCCAGUAAAAAAUUCCAUGACUUAGGUCAGUUAGGAUCACCACUUUAUUUUAAGAAUGUGGAAUGUCAGAAUAAUAGUGGAGAGAAUCAUUUAUUUCAGCUUUUAUUUCUUUCAACACAUUCCCAGUGGGUCAGAAGUUUACAGACACUCAAUUAGUAUUUGGUAGCAUUGCCUUUAAAUUGUUUAACUUGGGUCAAACGUUUCAGGUAGCCUUCCACAAGCUUCCCACAAUAAGUUGGGUGAAUUUUGGCCCAUUCCUCCUUACAGAGCUGGUAUAACUGAGUCAGGUUACACCUAGGUAAAGCCUCCUUGCUCGCACAUGCUUUUUCAGAAUCUGCCCACAAAUUGUCUAUAGGAUUGAGGUCGGGGCUUUGUGAUGGCCACUCCAAUACCUUGACUUUGUUGUCCUUAAGCCAUUUUGCCACAACUUUGGAAGUAUGCUUGGGGUCAUUGUCCAUUUGGAAGACCCAUUUGCGACCAAGCUUUAACUUCCUGACUGAUGUCUUGAGAUGUUGCUUCAAUAUAUCCACAUAAUAUUCCUACCUCAUGAUGCCAUCUAUUUUGUAAAGUGCACCAGUCCCUCCUGCAGCAAAGCACCCCCACAACAUGAUGCUGCCACCCCCUGUGCUUCUCGGUUGGGAUGGUGUUCUUUGGUUUGCAAGCCUCCCCCUUUUUCCUCCAAACAUAACGAUGGUCGUUAUGGCCAAACAGUUCUAUUUUUGUUUCAUCAGACCAGAGGACAUUCUCCAAAAAGUACGAUCUUUGUCCCAAUGUGCAGUUGCAAACUGUAGUCUGGCUUUUUUUAUGGCGAUUUUGGAGCAGUGGCAUCUUCCUUGCUGAGCAGCCUUUCAUGUUAUGUUGAUAUAGGACUCGUUUUACUGUGGAAAUAGAUACUUUUGUACCUGUUUCCUCCAGCAUCUUCACAAGGUCCUUUGCUGUUGUUCUGGGAUUGAUUUGCACUUUUUGCACCAAAGUACAUUCAUCUCUAGGAGACAGAACGUGUGUCCUUCCUGAGCGGUAUGAUGGCUGCGUGGUCCCAUGGUGUUUAUACUUGCAUACUAUUGUUUGUACAGAUGAACGUGGUAUCUUCAGGUGUUUGUAAAUUGCUCCCAAGGAUGAACCAGACUUGUGGAGGUCUACAAAUUUUUUCUGAGGUCUUGGCUGAUUUAUUUUGAUUUUCCCAUGAUGUCAAGCAAAGAGGCAUGGAGUUUCAAGGUACGCCUUGAAAUACGUCCACAGGUACACCUCCAAUUGACUCACAUGAUGUCAAUUAGCCUAUCAGAAGCUUCUAAAGCCAUGACAUCAUUUUCUGAAAUUGUCCAAGCUGUUUCAAGGCACAGUCAACAUAGUGUAUGUAAACUUCUGACUCACUGGAAUUGUGAUACAGUGAAUUAUAAGUGAAAUAAUCUGUCUAAACAAUUGUUGGAAAAAAUUACUUGUGUCAUGCACAAAGUAGAUGUCCUAACCGACCAAAAAUAUAUAUUACCAAGAAAUUUGUGGAGUGGUUGAAAAAUUACUUUUAAUGACUCCAACAACCUAAGUGUAUGUAAACUUCCGACUUCAACUGUAGAUUGGACAUGACUCCCUUCAAACUUUUCUGGUAAUUCCUAAAAAAUCUGAAGUGUGUUGCACAAUUACUAGCUUGGAAUCUAUCCUGACUAGUGCUCCAUUUCACUAUGGUCUCACUAGUGAAGCAGAGUGGUAUUCAGGGUGGACUCUAGACAAAACAAAUACCCCUCCCUGCUCCUUCCUCUUCAAACAAGACAUCCUUGAGGUCAUUUCCUUAACUCCACCAGGGUUUCUAACUCAACAAGACGAUUCCCACAAACAGCCAAAGUUCUUCUCGUGAAAGCUGCUUGCCCAUACAGAUCCUGAUUUAGAAUAGUUUAGUAGCCUGGAACCUCAAACUGAAUAUAUCACUAUUUCACUGAAACAGUAGGGAAGCAGAGUAAUGUGUGUUCCGGGCUCGGGUUUUAGUGAUCAAUAGCCGGACAUUAUGCUUCUCUUCAUGUACAUUAUAUUCAUAGGUUGCAAGUUUGAUCACAAUAUUGUUUUAAACGUUCAUGUUGGACUGAUGCCCGACUGAGCAUUUUGCUAAAUGCAUCGUCAAUGAGCGCUGAUGAAGAUUUCAUCAAAAAUCGCAUUACAGUGGAUUGGAAAUACAAUGAAAUUCAAAAUGAGGCAAAUCAUUUGUAGGAAAACGUUGAAUGUCGCCAGAUUGACUUUCACUAGCUCGCUAAAAUUGAGGGGAGGCCACCGGAUUUUAGCUAGCUAACGUUAGCAUUGCUAGCUAUUUUCGACGAACUUUACAAGCUACUGACAACAUUAGACAUGGCAAAGUAAAUUUGAAGACAUGAUAAUGCUGGCAUUAAGUUGUUUCCCACUAAAUAUGUGACUACUUUUACAAUGUCAUCGUAUUUCCAUGCACUGUAGUGUAAUUUUGACGAAACAGUAGUUAGCCUCCGUCCAGAAUGCCUCCGGUAGAGGGCGGCUUGACGACGUUCAUAACAAUGGCAUGACACGCCCGAGUGAUGGAGGUGCAAGUCAUGAAUAUGCAUGAUGGAGGAAUUUAUAUACACUACAUCUGAAAGUGCUGUUAAACAUCAUGUGGUCGGGCAUAUCUAUAAGGACCAUUAAACAUAUUGUGGUCAGGCAUAUCUAUAAGGACCAUUAAACAUAUUGUGGACAGGCAUAUCUAUAAGGACCAUUAAACAUAUUGUGGACAGGCAUAUCUAUAAGGACCAUUAAACAUCAUGUGGUCAGGCAUAUCUAUAAGGACCAUUAAACAUAUUGUGGUCAGGCAUAUCUAUAAGGACCAUUAAACAUCAUGUGGUCAGGCAUAUCUAUAAGGACCAUUAAACAUAUUGUGGUCAGGCAUAUCUAUAAGGACCAUUAAACAUAAUGUGGUCAGGCAUAUCUAUAAGGACCAUUAAACAUAUUGUGGUCAGGCAUAUCUAUAAGGACCAUUAAACAUAAUGUGGACAGGCAUAUCUAUAAGGACCAUUAAACAUCAUGUGGUCAGGCAUAUCUAUAAGGACCAUUAAACAUAAUGUGGUCAGGCAUAUCUAUAAGGACCAUUAAACAUAAUGUGGACAGGCAUAUCUAUAAGGACCAUUAAACAUCAUGUGGUCAGGCAUAUCUAUAAGGACCAUUAAACAUCAUGUGGUCAGGCAUAUCUAUAAGGACCACAUAGGAAUCUAUCUUGCUGCUGAAAAUGUGCAAGUGUUCGACCAAGGAGGAUACAGAUGGUUGUUUGUUGUGCGACAAUGAUUUGAGAAACAUUUCACUUUUUCUAUGUACUUAUGGAUGAUUUUUGUAUUAUUAUUUGUGAUUAACAAAGAAAAAAGGUUUUGAAUACAUGAAACGUUAACCGUCCGUGCAUAUUGUUUACUGUUAGUAGAGUUGUAUCCAUCCACUAUGUGGGCUUAAUGGCCAUAUUAGCCAGGAGGACAAAGGGUCUGCGUUCCAAAUGGGGCCCUAGAGCCUUUAAAGUGCACUACAUUUGACCAGGCCCAUAGUUCACUACUUGUGAUCAGAGCUCUAUCUCGAGAAGAGGGUGGCGUUUAGGACUCAGGCCUAUGAGUUCUUCCCUGAUGUACUACUAAUGGACUUGAACGUUGUGAUUCGUUCUCUCCUUGUCCGACAUAAUAACCACAGUAGUAACUAUGUAUAUAUCUGAUAUAAGCUGUACAUAUUGUAUGUAUGCUUUAAUGAAAUGUACGUGUUUGGAGGGCAGCACAAGGAGAGGUGCAGGCCUUAAACAGCUGUUUGUGUUGUUCCUACUACUGAGGGGAAAAGGGGGUUUUAUCUUCUACUGUACGACUGGACAUCUGUUCACUGAAUACUCGCUGGUGCGGAGGAAAUAUGUUGCCAUUAAUCUGUAUUCCAACUCUUGUAGUGUUUAUUCAAAAAAACAACAGACCAAAACUAAAAUCUAAAACUUAGCUAAAACUAAAACAGUGUGUUGAGUAAUUGUUUUGGUGGUUUACUGAGGGUUUAGUACUGAAGCCAUGCUAUGAACUUAAGACAGCUCUGAAGUGUUCUGUGGACUAUAUUACUGUACUGCACAAGGAAUAUUCCUGGAUGUUACUCUACUACCCUGUGUUGUGCAGAGUUGUACUACGUUGGGAGUACAACGUUGUACUACCUUGAGAGUACUACGUUGAGAGUUGUACUACCUUGAGAGUACUACAUUGUACUACCUUGAGAGUACUACGUUGAGAGUUGUACUACCUUGAGAGUACUACGCUGAGAGUUGUACUACCUUGAGAGUACUACGUUGAGAGUUGUACUACCUUGAGAGUACUACGUUGUACUACCUUGAGAAUACUACGUUGAGAGUUGUACUACCUUGAGAGUACUACGUUGAGAGUUGUACUACCUUGAGAGUACUACGUUGUAUUACCUUGAGAGUACUACGUUGAGAGUUGUACUACCUUGAGAGUACUACAUUGUACUACCUUGAGAGUACUACAUUGAGAGUUGUACUAACUUGAGAGUACUACAUUGUACUACCUUGAGAGUACUGCGUUGAGAGUUGUACUACCUUGAGAAUACUACGUUGAGAGGUGUACUACCUUGAGAGUACUACGUUGAGAGUUGUACUACCUUGGCUAGACAGUUAACGGCUUGAAGAUGCCACUAAACUGCCCUGUACCUAAACAGAAAAUGAUACUGUACCUAUUGAAACUGCUGAUACUGUACCUACUGUAAGACGUUGACUUUAUAGUCCCUACUGCCAAUAAAGAGAAACUGUUUCGAACUAUCA